AAAAGAAAAUCUGUCAUUCCAAUUCACGUAUAAAUAACCACUCUUUGUUUAUGUUUUUUCUUCUUCAUUCCGAUAUACUCGAAGCAUAUCACUCACACUCACUCAAACAGAACAUAAAUCCCACCUACGACACACAAACACACAUCAUUCCUACUUUUAAUUAAGGCAUAUAUAAAAUAUAUUAUAUCAUAGUGAAGUGAUGGCUCCAGCUAUAGCAGCAGAUAAAAUCAAGCCUAGAGAUGUGUGUAUCGUUGGUGUUGCACGCACACCACUUGGUGGCUUUCUUGGUUCUCUUUCAUCUUUACCAGCCACUAAACUUGGGUCUAUAGCAAUUGAAUGUGCUCUAAAAAGGGCGAAUGUUGAUCCAUCACUUGUAGAAGAGGUCUACUUUGGAAAUGUUCUUGGUGCCAAUUUGGGGCAGGGUCCUGCCAGACAAGCAGCAUUAGGUGCAGGAAUUCCAAAUACAGUUGUCUCUACAUCUGUUAACAAAGUUUGUGCAUCAGGGAUGAAAGCAACCAUGUUGGCAGCACAGAGUAUCCAGUUGGGUCAAAAUGAUAUAGUUGUGGCUGGUGGAAUGGAAAGCAUGUCUAAUGUCCCCAAAUACAUUGCAGAAUCAAGAAAGGGAUCUAAGUUUGGACAUGAUAGUCUUGUUGAUGGAAUCCUGAAAGAUGGGCUGUGGGAUGUCUUCAAUGAUUUUAAGAUGGGGAACUGUGCUGAAAUAUGUGCAGAUACACAUGGAAUUACAAGAGAACAACAGGAUGACUAUGCCAUUCAAAGCUUUGAGCGUGCUAUUGCUGCCAGAGAUAGUGGUGCUUUUGCAUGGGAAAUUGCCCCUGUUGAAGUUCCUGGACCAAGAGGAAGACCAUCGACUAUUGUUGACAAAGAUGAUGACUUAGCAAAGUUUGAUGCGGCAAAGUUAAGAAAGCUGCGCCCGGCUUUCAAGGAGAACGGUGGCAGUGUUACUGCUGGCAAUUCAUCUGGUAUAAAUGAUGGUGCUGCUGCACUAGUGUUGGUUAGUGGAGAGAAGGCACUUCAGCUCGGGUUGCAUGUGAUAGCAAAGGUUUCCGGAUACGCUGAUGCUGAACAGGCGCCUGAGUUAUUUACAACUACCCCAGCUCUUGCCAUUCCUAAGGCUAUUUCACGAGCUGGAUUAGAUGCUUCUGAAAUAGAUUUCUAUGAAAUUAAUGAAGCAUUUGCUGUUGUUGCUCUUGCAAACCAGAAACUGCUUGGUUUGGAUUCUGCGAAACUUAAUGUACAUGGUGGCGGUGUCUCAUUGGGGCAUCCUCUGGGUUGCAGUGGUGCCCGUAUCUUGGUCACUCUUUUGGGGGUUUUGAAGCAGAAAGGUGGCAAAUACGGCGCAGCAGGGGUGUGCAAUGGAGGAGGUGGUGCAUCAGCGUUUGUGGUUGAGCUAAUUUAGUCUUUUCCCCAGAGUCCCAGAAAUGUUAUAGCAGGCCUAUUUUGAUUUUGUAUUUUCUUUGUUCUGAUAUUCCAAUUAAUAAACUAUAUAAAGUGUAUUUAGUAUCUAGAUUCUUAGGAUAUUACUUUAGUCACUCUAUGUGCUUGUAAUUCACAACUAAAACCAUUUGAUCAUUUUGUUUUGCAAAUUGCAUUAUACAUUGAAAUUUAUUCUCAAA